AUGGGUAAAUCGCAAGCAUACAUCCAUCUGAAACCUUCCACACUCCCCCCUGUCUUCGCUCCUUGGAACCGUAAAGCUCUCAACCAUCGUACCCCCACAGUCGGCGUCAACACGAAAACAGCUCCAUCACCGCUUAUAUUGAGAGUACCCCUUUUGAAAUUCCCCAGUGUCAUAGGACAUAGUACCAGUAGGAUCAAUAGGUUGAUCAAUGAGGAUACUUAUUCUGUUAAUAUUUUGAAACUACCUACGCGAUUUCAAGAGUUAUCGAGAAAUCAUGAACCCUUACUCAAAAAAUCUAUUCUUAAUAUUUCUAUAUUCGAUGGUCAUGGUGGUAAAGGUCGUGUCUCGCAAUUACUAGCGUCAUCGUUACACAGGGAAAUUACUAAUACGGAAGCACCAACGAAGGAACAAUUCUUCCAUUUGUUAGAUUCAUAUGAACAAUUGAUUGGAGGUCCCUAUUGGCGUAAUGUCAACGCUCACAGAGAGACAUUUUGGGAUAGAUUCAUUGAAAAUUGUAACACAAAGCAAGAACAGGUACUUUUUGAUUCAGAUCACCCCCAGCAUUCAGGUCCAAGAAUGAUAUUCGAUAUGUAUGGGAAUAUCAUCGAUAAGACAAGCUUGUUAAAUUUCCACGAAAGAUUGAGGAUAUAUUACGCCUACAUGAAAUUUGAUUUGGAAAGAUGCUGUGGAUUUGCUCAGGAGAGCGGAGAAUCAUUGACUUUCGAGGAAAGAAUAAAGAAAUAUUCUGGUGGGUCUACAGCUUCAUCCAUCUUUCUUUCUUCCUAUGAUGAAUCCCUUGCAAUGGAUGAAUCGUUUUUUAUGAACCCUCAGGGACUUUUGAAAUUGGUAGUCACCCAAGUAGGUGAUAGUAAAAUAAUCCUUUGUGAUCAAAAUGGGAUCGCACAUAGCUUGACGAAGAUUCAUCACCCAUCCUCUAGGAGAGAGUCUAAGAGAUUACAGGCGGAUGAUGAUGUGGAAGGAAAGAAGGAGCAAGAUGACGAUGCUAAUCAGGAUUCCUUCGGUGAAACUAGAUUUUUGAAUAAUUUUGCCAAUACGAGAUCCUUCGGUGAUUUAUUGGGGAAAAGAGAUGGGAUAUCAUGCGAACCAGACAUUUAUUCAUACCUAAUAGGUGAUACCUCACUACUACCUCAUGCAGAGAAAUCUAAAUUACAAUUCGGAGGGGAAGAAUGUUUUAUUUGUUUGAUUUCAGAUGGAGUCUCUGAUCUAUUAUCAGAUCAAGAGGUAGUAGAUUUGAUAACAUCCACUGUAAAUUUGAGACAAACUAAACAAGCAACCCCUCAAUAUGUAGCGGAGGAAGUCAUUAAAUAUAUUCAAGCAAUUGGUGGGAAACAUGCAGAUAAUGCCACAUGUCUCGUAUUAAGAUUACCAAAUUGGGGGAAUUGGCCCAUGAUCGAUAGAACAGGUGCCAUACGAGAGGAAAAAUUAAUGAAUAGCACCUCGUCUUUGGAUUAA